GGGGGGGCCAGAGCCACAGGAUGGCUUCCCCUCUGAGGGACGAGGAGGAGGAGGAGGAGGAGAUGGUGGUGUCGGAGGAGGAAGAAGAGGAGGAAGAAGAGGGCGACGAGGAGGAGGAGGAGGUGGAGGCGGCCGACGAAGACGAUGAGGAGGACGACGACGAGGGAGUACUCGGGCGCGGGCCGGGCCACGACCGGGGCCGCGACCGCCACAGCCCCCCCGGCUGCCACCUCUUCCCGCCGCCGCCGCCGCCACCGCCGCCACCGCCACCGCCGCUGCCCCCGCCGCCGCCCCCGCCGCCAGACAAGGAUGACAUUCGACUGCUGCCUUCAGCUUUGGGUGUGAAGAAGAGAAAGCGCGGACCCAAGAAGCAGAAGGAAAAUAAGCCGGGAAAACCCCGAAAACGCAAAAAGCUCGAUAGCGAGGAGGAAUUCGGCUCAGAGCGAGAUGAAUACCGAGAGAAGUCAGAGAGUGGGGGCAGCGAAUAUGGAACCGGACCAGGUCGGAAGCGAAGGCGGAAGCACCGAGAAAAAAAGGAGAAGAAGACCAAGAGGCGGAAAAAGGGGGAAGGCGAGGCCGGGCAGAAGCAGGUAGAACAGAAGUCCUCAGCGACCCUGCUGCUGACCUGGGGCCUGGAGGAUGUGGAGCACGUGUUCUCCGAGGAGGACUACCACACACUCACCAACUACAAAGCUUUCAGCCAGUUCAUGAGGCCCCUAAUUGCUAAGAAGAAUCCGAAGAUCCCGAUGUCUAAGAUGAUGACCAUUCUUGGGGCCAAAUGGAGAGAGUUCAGUGCUAACAACCCCUUCAAAGGGUCAGCAGCUGCUGUGGCGGCAGCAGCAGCGGCAGCAGCAGCGGCCGUGGCUGAGCAGGUGUCAGCUGCCGUCUCAUCAGCUACCCCCAUUGCACCUUCCGGACCCCCUCCCCUCCCACCACCCCCUGCUGUCGAUAUCCAGCCACCACCCAUCCGAAGAGCCAAGACCAAAGAGGGCAAAGGUCCAGGGCACAAGAGGCGGAGCAAGAGCCCCCGAGUGCCUGACGGCCGCAAGAAACUUCGGGGAAAGAAGAUGGCACCCCUCAAAAUCAAACUAGGUCUGCUGGGAGGCAAGAGGAAGAAGGGAGGCUCGGGCUCCGGACAGUACAUUUUUCAGAGCGACGAGGGCCCUGAACCUGAGGCCGAGGAGUCAGACCUGGACAGUGGCAGUGUCCACAGUGCCUCAGGCCGGCCCGAUGGCCCUGUCCGUGCCAAGAAGCUCAAGAGAGGACGUCCGGGAAGGAAGAAGAAGGUCCUGGGCUGUCCUGCAGUGGCCGGAGAGGAGGAGGUUGAUGGCUAUGAGACGGAUCACCAGGAUUACUGUGAGGUGUGCCAGCAGGGUGGGGAAAUUAUUCUGUGCGACACCUGCCCUCGUGCCUACCACCUCGUCUGCCUUGACCCUGAACUUGACCGGGCUCCUGAGGGCAAAUGGAGCUGCCCCCACUGUGAGAAGGAGGGGGUCCAGUGGGAGGCCAAGGAGGAAGAGGAAGAGUACGAAGAGGAGGGCGAGGAGGAGGGGGAGAAGGAGGAGGAGGAUGACCACAUGGAGUACUGCCGUGUGUGCAAGGACGGUGGGGAGCUCCUGUGCUGCGACGCGUGCAUCUCCUCCUACCAUAUCCACUGCCUCAACCCCCCGCUGCCUGACAUCCCAAACGGCGAGUGGCUGUGUCCCCGAUGCACAUGCCCUGUGCUGAAGGGUCGUGUGCAAAAGAUCCUGCAUUGGCGAUGGGGCGAGCCACCUGUGGCAGUGCCUGCCCCCCAACAGGCAGAUGGGAAUCCAGACGUGCCGCCCCCCCGGCCCCUUCAAGGCAGAUCAGAACGAGAGUUCUUUGUCAAGUGGGUGGGACUAUCCUACUGGCACUGCUCCUGGGCCAAGGAGCUUCAGCUGGAAAUCUUCCACUUGGUAAUGUACCGGAACUAUCAGCGGAAGAAUGACAUGGAUGAGCCCCCACCCCUGGACUACGGCUCUGGGGAGGAUGAUGGGAAGAGUGACAAGCGUAAGGUGAAAGACCCACACUAUGCCGAGAUGGAGGAGAAGUACUACCGCUUCGGCAUCAAGCCUGAGUGGAUGACCGUCCACCGGAUCGUUAACCACAGCGUGGAUAAAAAGGGGAAUUACCACUAUCUGGUGAAAUGGAGGGACUUGCCCUAUGACCAGUCCACAUGGGAGGAAGAUGAAAUGAACAUCCCUGAAUAUGAAGACCAUAAGCAAAGCUACUGGAGACACCGAGAACUGAUCAUGGGCGAGGACCCUGCCCAGCCCCGCAAGUACAAGAAGAAGAAAAAGGAGCUGCAAGGGGACGGGCCUCCUAGUUCUCCUACUAAUGACCCUACCGUGAAAUACGAGACUCAACCACGCUUCAUCACAGCCACUGGCGGCACGCUGCACAUGUACCAGCUGGAGGGGCUCAACUGGCUGCGCUUCUCCUGGGCCCAGGGCACCGACACCAUCCUGGCUGAUGAAAUGGGGCUGGGCAAGACCAUACAGACCAUCGUCUUUCUCUACUCACUCUAUAAGGAGGGCCACACUAAAGGUCCCUUCCUGGUGAGCGCCCCACUUUCUACCAUCAUUAACUGGGAGCGGGAGUUCCAGAUGUGGGCCCCCAAGUUCUACGUGGUGACGUACACGGGUGACAAGGACAGCCGGGCCAUCAUCCGUGAGAAUGAGUUUUCUUUUGAGGACAAUGCCAUAAAGGGAGGCAAGAAAGCUUUUAAGAUGAAGAGGGAGGCCCAGGUGAAGUUCCACGUCCUCCUGACAUCGUAUGAGCUGAUCACCAUCGAUCAGGCAGCUCUUGGCUCCAUCCGCUGGGCCUGCCUUGUGGUGGACGAGGCCCAUCGACUGAAGAACAACCAGUCCAAGUUUUUCAGAGUCCUGAAUGGCUACAAAAUAGAUCAUAAGUUGUUGCUGACAGGGACCCCACUGCAGAAUAAUCUGGAGGAGCUCUUCCAUCUGCUGAACUUCCUCACCCCAGAGAGGUUUAACAACUUGGAAGGCUUCCUGGAGGAGUUUGCUGACAUAUCCAAAGAGGACCAGAUUAAGAAACUGCAUGACUUGCUGGGGCCACACAUGCUGCGGCGGCUGAAGGCGGACGUGUUUAAGAACAUGCCAGCCAAGACGGAGCUCAUCGUGCGGGUGGAGCUGAGUCCCAUGCAGAAGAAAUACUACAAGUACAUCCUCACUCGAAAUUUUGAGGCCUUGAACUCACGAGGUGGUGGGAACCAAGUGUCGCUGCUUAACAUCAUGAUGGAUCUUAAGAAGUGCUGUAACCACCCAUACCUCUUUCCCGUGGCUGCUAUGGAGUCCCCCAAGCUCCCCAGUGGGGCUUAUGAGGGUGGGGCACUUAUCAAGUCAUCUGGGAAGCUAAUGCUACUGCAGAAGAUGCUGCGAAAGCUGAAGGAACAGGGCCACCGGGUGCUCAUCUUCUCACAGAUGACCAAAAUGCUGGAUUUGCUGGAGGACUUCCUGGACUAUGAAGGCUACAAGUACGAGCGCAUCGAUGGGGGUAUCACAGGCGCUCUGCGGCAGGAGGCCAUUGACCGAUUCAAUGCUCCCGGGGCCCAGCAGUUCUGCUUUCUGCUGUCCACUCGAGCCGGAGGCCUGGGCAUCAACCUGGCCACUGCUGACACAGUCAUCAUUUUUGAUUCUGACUGGAACCCCCACAAUGACAUCCAGGCCUUCAGCCGGGCUCAUCGCAUUGGUCAGGCCAACAAGGUGAUGAUCUACCGGUUUGUGACUCGGGCAUCCGUGGAAGAGAGAAUCACGCAGGUGGCCAAGAGGAAGAUGAUGCUGACCCACCUAGUGGUGCGGCCUGGGCUGGGCUCCAAGGCGGGCUCCAUGUCCAAGCAGGAGCUUGAUGACAUCCUCAAAUUUGGCACCGAGGAGCUGUUCAAGGAUGAGAAUGAGGGAGAGAACAAGGAAGAGGACAGCAGUGUGAUUCACUAUGACAACGAGGCCAUUGCCAGGCUGUUGGACCGGAAUCAGGAUGACACAGAGGACACAGAUGUGCAGAACAUGAAUGAGUAUCUCAGCUCCUUCAAGGUGGCCCAGUAUGUCGUGCGGGAAGAAGACAAGAUUGAGGAGAUCGAGCGAGAGAUCAUCAAACAGGAGGAGAACGUAGACCCUGACUACUGGGAGAAGCUACUGAGGCACCACUACGAGCAGCAGCAGGAGGACCUGGCCCGGAACCUGGGCAAGGGCAAGCGGGUGCGCAAGCAGGUGAACUACAAUGAUGCUGCACAGGAGGACCAAGAUAACCAGUCAGAGUACUCUGUGGGGUCCGAGGAAGAGGAUGAAGACUUCGAUGAACGUCCUGAAGGACGCCGCCAGUCCAAGAGGCAGCUCCGGAAUGAAAAGGACAAACCACUGCCGCCUCUGCUGGCUCGAGUUGGGGGCAACAUUGAGGUGCUGGGAUUCAACACCCGCCAGCGGAAGGCCUUCCUCAAUGCCGUGAUGCGCUGGGGGAUGCCACCACAGGACGCCUUUACCACACAGUGGCUGGUGCGGGACCUGAGGGGCAAGACUGAAAAGGAGUUCAAGGCUUACGUGUCUCUCUUUAUGCGUCAUCUGUGCGAGCCCGGGGCUGAUGGCUCAGAAACCUUUGCCGAUGGAGUCCCUCGUGAGGGCCUGAGUCGCCAGCAGGUGCUGACCCGCAUCGGAGUCAUGUCUCUCGUGAAAAAGAAGGUGCAGGAGUUUGAGCACAUCAACGGGCGCUGGUCGAUGCCAGAGCUGAUGCCGGACCCCAGCGCCGACUCCAAGCGCUCCUCCAGAGCCUCCUCUCCUACCAAAACUUCUCCUACCACACCCGAGGCUUCAGCCACGAAUAGCCCCUGCACCUCAAAGCCUGCUACUCCGGCUCCAAGUGAGAAAGCAGAUGGUGCAAGGACACCUCUUGAGAAGGAUGAAACGGAAAAUCAAGAGGAGAAGCCAGAGAACAGCAAACUAGGGGAGAAGAUGGAGACGGAGGCUGAGGCUCCUAGCCCCACCCCCUCACUUGGGGAGCACCUGGAACCCCGAAGGAUUCCUCUUGAUGAGAUUCCCGGGGUGCCUGGAGAGAUGGAGUCCCAAGCUGGGCCCCGAGCAGACAGAGAGAAGUCAGCCAUGGAGUCGAUGCCAGGAGAGAGAGGGGAGGAGAAGCCAUUGGAUGGACAGGAUCACAGGGAGAGGCCACAGGGGGACACAGGGGAUUUGGCCAAGAGAGAAGAUGCAAAAGGUGACCGAGAACUGCGGGCUGGGUCUCGAGAUGAGCCACGGUCCAAUGGGCGCCGUGAGGAGAAGGCAGAGAAGCCCCGGUUCAUGUUCAAUAUCGCAGAUGGUGGCUUCACAGAGCUUCACACGCUGUGGCAGAAUGAAGAACGGGCAGCUAUUUCCUCUGGGAAACUCAAUGAGAUCUGGCACCGAAGGCAUGACUAUUGGCUGCUGGCUGGCAUUGUCCUCCAUGGCUACGCUCGGUGGCAGGACAUCCAGAAUGAUGCACAGUUUGCCAUCAUCAAUGAGCCCUUUAAAACUGAGGCCAAUAAGGGAAACUUUCUGGAGAUGAAAAACAAAUUCCUGGCCCGGAGGUUCAAGCUCCUGGAGCAGGCGCUGGUGAUCGAGGAGCAGCUGCGGCGGGCGGCCUACCUGAACCUGUCACAGGAGCCGGCGCACCCCGCCAUGGCCCUCCACGCCCGCUUCGCCGAGGCUGAGUGCCUGGCCGAGAGCCACCAGCACCUCUCCAAGGAGUCUCUGGCGGGGAACAAGCCGGCCAACGCCGUCCUGCACAAGGGUAAGGGCCGCGGCGGCCCCGCGCGGGGGAGGGCCCACAGCGCUGCUUCUGAACCAGCUGGAGGAGUUGCUGAGCGACAUGAAGGCGGACGUGACACGCCUGCCAGCCACGUUGUCCAGAAUACCCCCCAUCGCAGCCCGCCUUCAGAUGUCCGAGCGCAGCAUUCUCAGCCGGCUGGCCAGCAAGGGCACGGAGCCCCACCCCACGCCGGCCUUCCCUCCGGGGCCAUACGCCACACCUCCGGGGUACGGGGUGGCCUUCAGCGCCGCCCCCGUAGGGGCCUUGGGCGCCGCAGGCGCCAACUACAGCCAGAUGCCUGCAGGGUCCUUCAUCACAGCCGCCACCAACGGCCCUCCAGUGCUGGUGAAGAAGGAGAAGGAAAUGGCGGGAGCACUGGUGUCAGACGGGCUGGAACGGAAGGAGCCCCGAGCCGGGGAGGUGAUCUGUAUAGACGACUGACUGGAUCCCAGGCCUGCCCUUCUCCCAGGCCCCGCUCCCGAGGCCGCCUCCCAGUUCAGGCUCCGGGGCCUGCUGCCAACCCUUCACCCUCCCCACCCCCGGGGCCACCGCUGGGCUAGGCAUCCCUUUGCCCCUCUGCCAUUCUUGUGUCCAGGAAGUGGCCCUCUGUCCUCCAUGUCCACACCCCUUUCCCAGCAAGCUUAGAAGACUAUGCUGCUGAGAAAAGGUCUGGGUGGGAGACUGCACUGGGUCUUCCACUUCCCUUGACUCUCCCACCACCAAAUAUAUACAGCUUCCUAGCCUGAGUGGUUAUGGGGAGCAAAGAGGGGGUAUCUCCCCCACCCCUGUCAUCUUUUCCUGCAGUGCCAGCUCCAUCUCCUGCCAGUUGGGGGAUCAGCCUUGCCUGGCCUUUAGGACUUUUUUUGGUGGGGGAGGGAAAAGUUUUGCAGAGAGGAGGGGGACUUUUAGAGAGGGACAAAAAUGAACCCUCGGAGGGAGAAAGGGAAGAGGAGGGGUGGCUGCAUGUUACCCUCCCCUGCCUCUCCCCAAACAAGCAAGCACGGGCAGAGGGUGGAGCAGUCACGAGGGACGGUGUCCGUUGCUGUUCAGCCUCAGAAUAAAGGUGCCGCUCACUGGCUCAGUUACCUGCUGUGUAUCGGCAUCUUGUGUUGGGACUCUCGACCCCCCUCUGCAGGGGUCCACAAAAAGAAUGGUUGGGCGACACUCCCUCAAGCCAAAGAGGAGCUCCCCAAACCUGUUCUGGGAGCCCUGGGAACUCUGAAAGAGAGGGAAAGAAGAGGUCGAACAAGAGGGGAGGCCCGGGUGCAGGGAACUGCUGCCCCCCGCCCCCCUGCCCAAGGCCUAGAUACAGACUGAAUUUGAGUGGGUCAGGCAGAGGGCCUGGUCAGGGGACUGUUUUGCCUUUGGGACUAGAACAAAACAUGGAGGGCAGGCUAGGAGACAUGGACGUGUACCUGCCCCACAGGGCUGAGGAGAGUGGCAGUUUGCAUGGCGAACCCCCCACUUCUUCGCUGCCCCCUCACUUUCUUGCUGCCCCUUUGCAAGUCUCUCUUCAACACCCACUUCUGCUCUGUCCCGACCCCCACUUCUGUAUCAGGUUUAUUGGUUGUACAUAUAAAUUAUACUUUCCUUUC